UCUCUCACUCUCUCCCGCACUCCACCGUCGCGGGUUAUCCUGCUUUACCGCCAUCUCACGCUAUUCUCCCCUAUCUCUCCUGAUCCCUUUUCUCCAAUUCCCUCCUCUUUUCCCUCCCUCCCCCUCCUCUGAUCCUUGCAAACUCCUCCUCGGAUAUCGCCUCCAAACGAUCUCUCUCUUCGAAUUCCUCACUGCCUGUGCCGCCCCCUGGGAUCCCACCCUCUCUUCGUCUCUCUCUCUGGCUCUCUCGAGUUGCUUCAUUUCUGUUGCCAAAGCGGUGUUCUCACGUACUAAUUUGCCAUCCGAUUCAUAUAUAUGCGAAAAAACUACACAUUUGGAGGUUAACAUCAUAUUUAGAUCUUUAAAAACAUCCAAAUAACCAGUUAGCGGCAAAAAGAUUGGAUUUUGAUAGCAUGGGUCGGUCGGUAGGCAAGCGGAACUCCCCCCGGUCGCCGCCGCAGAUCGUCCGGCCACGGCCAGAGGUCCUAGAGGUCGGCAUCGUCCCGCCGAUGAACGCUCUGGAGAUCUUGCGGGAGACGGUGAGGAUCCUCCGUGCCGAUCCCUCCACUUUCAUGACAAUUCUUGCCCUCCUCAUCUUCCCUGUUUCCACCGCUCUGCUCUCCAACACCCUCAUUGAUGCCACCGCCGUCGGCGCCGUCUCGCGCCGCCUUGUCUUUUUAGCUGUUACCAGCGGCCUCCCUCUCACCCAUUUCCUCAAACAGAUGUGCCAUCAUCUAGCUGGGACGGUUGUUUCCUCUGCCUUUUGCUUCCCUCUCUUACUAACCUUCCUCCUCCUUGCCCGGGCUUCCAUCGUCUACUCGGUCGCCUGCUUUUAUGCUGGGAAAAAGGUCGUGGCUUUGGAGUUCUUCGGGACCAUGCGCCGGAUUUGGAGGCGUCUUGUAUUCACUUAUCUUUGGGUCUGUGUCUCCAUUUCCGGCUGUCUGGCUCUGUUUCUUGCCCUCCUCGUCGUAGUCUGCAAUGCAUUCUCCGGCUUGGGUUACCCUCCGGAGAUCGUCGUCUACCCGGCCUUGUUCACUGUGUUGGUCUUCUCCAUGGUGUAUGCCCACACGAUCAUAGUGUGCAAUCUCGCCAGUGUGAUCUCAGUCUUGGAGGAUGUGUUGGGGCCGCAGGCUUUGGUUCGGUCGGUCCGCUUGAUCAAGGGGCAGACGCAGGCGGGGCUGUUGAUAUUUCUGGGGUCGACGAUUGGGAUGGCUUUCGUGGAGGGGUUGUUUGAGCACAGGGUGAAAACGUUGAGCUACGGGGAUGGGUCGUCGCGGCUGUGGGAGGGACCUCUGCUGGUCCUCAUGUAUUCAUUUGUGGUGCUUGCGGAUUAUAUGAUGAGUGCGGUCUUCUACUUCACUUGUAGAUCUUCUAGCAUGCAAGUGUUGAAUGGUGAUGACCAUUCCUUGGAAGAACUGGGAAAUAUUUCUAUUGAGUUGGUGGAUGCUAAAUAAUACUGUAUUUGGGGGAGAAUGAUCCUUUUCAGCAUCAUUUUCACCAGGGCAAUGAGUAGUGAGAAAAGACAGGACUGCGGAGGGUAUAACUGCAGCAGUCGGUAAUGUGGAUUCCGGAGAGGGAGCAUUCCACCCUUUAUUUGUGGUGGAUGGAUAGCUUUGAUUGGAAAUUCUUCUGUGGAAGUACAAGAUUUAAGAAGCUCGAUGCCGUCUGAAAAAAUGCAGCUCUCUCUGAAAAUUACGGUCUCAUUUGAAAAUUUUAGUAAGCUAUGUAUAUCCCAAGGCUCUUAUAUUAUUGAGUAAAAAUACCCCUUGCAUUUUUAAGGUCUUUGAUCUCUCUUUCCAGCACUUCUUGCAAGGUCCAAUGAGAUAAUUGUUUGAGUUUAUUUUGCUACAGUUAGAUUACCAGAAUGAUUAGCAGGUGAGACAUCUUGUUGAGAACCAAUUCCUUGAGUUCAUGUCAAAUUUAACCUUUUGAUAUGCACGCAUCAGAUUGGGAAAGUUUCAAUGGUGCAUGAAUGGUAUUUGUGAUAUAAAGUUGCUCUCAAAUGAUUGCAUUGCACAUGCCACAAACAACGGAGAUAUUGUUGCCAGCUGAGACAUUUUGAUGGCAUGCUUGUAUUGAGGUACAGAGAUUCCUGCCUAGAGUUUUUUUGGCAGCCAAAAGUUUGAUCAUCAAGUUUAAAUGUCGAAUCAGGAACCAUGAAGUUAACACCACUUAGUUGAAAGUGAUGCGUCAUGAGGACAGGGAAUGGCAUUACCAAGUCUGCCAUGGGGCCAAAGACCUUCAUGAUUUAUAUUCUGCCAGAAGGAUUGGCAAGGAAUGGAUUGCAUCACAGAUGUAGAAGCACUGCUGCAAGAUGCAGCCACUGCAGACUGCUAGAUGAGCUGGUUGAUACAUGAUCUUGUUUGAGCAAGUUUAAAUCCUUCUGUGCAAAUAAGAAACAAGUUUGCCAGUUUGUUGACAGCUUUUGCAUGAUAAUUUGGGCCUGACCACAUAUUUACCAUAGAGAAAUUCUUUGUACACUGCAUACGAUGUAGAAAAAAUACACCACCCCAUCUAAUUGGGCCACGUAGCCACAGUUUUGCAACGCACAUUUAAUGCCUGCAGUUCUGCUCUUGCGUUUGAAAUUUUGAAUGACGAAAAUAUCCUUUCU